AUGGGUGUCGGCAUCGAUACCGGAAUAUCUGUGAUACAUAUUAAUCGUCUUACACUCUCGAAUCUUCAGCAGUUGCACAGUUGUUUGAUCGACGCAGCAAAUCAUUUGAAUUCUUAUUAUAGUCUGCAGUUGUUCUGUUGGAUAACAUGCAUGUUAAUAGACAUUAUUUCGUAUAUCUUUGGCGUUUUACAUAAAAGAAAUAAUGUGCUCCUGACUUGUGUCCAAUGCAUUAUGCUACUAUAUUUUUCACUUCAAAUUAUCGCUAUAAGUCGCAUCUGUCAUUUAACAUGCGAUCAGGCAAAUGCAUUGGCCGGAACGAUAUUUUUAGCGAAAACUCCCGCACUCAAACACACCGAAUUUUCGACUGAAGCGAUCGAGUUGGGAAUACGUCUUCGAAUGUUUCCGUUGCGCAUUAGAGUCUGCGACUUAUUUAAUUUGGACAACCGUCUUGCAUUCUCGGUAAUUGAUUUUUCUAUAAUUCAUUGA